AUGGAUAUGCAAGUGUCCUAUGGUAUACUGGCUUGUGAUGUUCCGGUACUCUGUGCAAAAAACUUGGUGAAAAAGGAUUUUUUCCGACUUCCUGAUCCAUUUGCAAAGGUGGUGGUCGAUGGAUCUGGGCAAUGCCAUUCUACAGAUACUGUGAAGAAUACUCUUGAUCCAAAGUGGAAUCAACAUUAUGACCUGUAUAUUGGAAAGUCUGAUUCUGUUACAAUCAGUGUAUGGAAUCACAAGAAGAUCCAUAAAAAACAAGGUGCUGGAUUUCUUGGCUGUGUUCGUCUUCUUUCCAAUGCCAUCAACCGACUCAAAGACACUGGUUAUCAGAGAUUGGAUUUAUGCAAACUGGGGCCAAAUGACAAUGAUACAGUUAGAGGACAGAUAGUAGGUAACUGGGAAGAAAGACGAACAGCCUCUGGUAGAAUUCAGUAUCUAAACCAUAUAACAAGAACUACGCAAUGGGAGCGCCCAACACGACCAGCAUCUGAAUAUUCUAGUCCUGGCAGACCUUUGAGCUGCUUUGUUGAUGAGAACACUCCAAUUAGUGGAACAAAUGGUGCAACAUGUGGACAGUCUUCAGAUCCCAGACUGGCUGAGAGGAGGGUCAGGUCUCAACGACAUAGAAAUUAUAUGAGCAGGACACAUUUGCAUACUCCUCCAGACCUACCAGAAGGCUAUGAACAGAGGACAACGCAGCAAGGUCAGGUAUAUUUCUUACAUACUCAGACUGGUGUGAGCACAUGGCACGAUCCAAGAGUGCCUAGGGAUCUUAGCAACAUCAAUUGUGAAGAGCUUGGUCCUUUGCCUCCUGGAUGGGAGAUCCGUAAUACUGCAACAGGCAGAGUUUAUUUCGUUGACCAUAACAACAGAACAACACAGUUUACCGAUCCUCGACUCUCUGCUAACUUGCAUUUAGUUCUAAAUAGGCAGAACCAACUAAAAGACCAACAGCAACAGCAAGUGGUGUCAUUAUGCCCUGAUGACACAGAGUGUCUCACGGUGCCCAGGUACAAGCGAGAUCUGGUUCAGAAACUAAAAAUCUUGCGGCAAGAACUUUCUCAACAACAGCCACAGGCUGGCCAUUGCCGCAUCGAAGUUUCCAGGGAAGAGAUUUUUGAGGAAUCUUACCGACAGGUCAUGAAAAUGAGACCAAAAGAUCUCUGGAAGCGAUUAAUGAUUAAAUUUCGAGGAGAAGAAGGCCUUGACUAUGGAGGGGUUGCAAGGGAAUGGUUGUAUCUCCUGUCACAUGAAAUGCUGAAUCCAUACUAUGGCCUCUUCCAGUAUUCAAGAGACGACAUCUAUACAUUGCAGAUCAAUCCUGACUCGGCUGUUAAUCCGGAGCAUUUAUCAUAUUUCCACUUUGUCGGAAGGAUAAUGGGAAUGGCUGUGUUUCACGGACAUUACAUCGAUGGUGGUUUCACAUUGCCUUUUUAUAAACAGUUGCUUGGGAAAUCAAUUACUUUGGAUGAUAUGGAGUUAGUUGAUCCAGACCUUCAUAACAGUUUGGUGUGGAUACUUGAAAAUGAUAUUACAGGUGUUUUGGAUCAUACCUUCUGUGUUGAACAUAAUGCAUAUGGUGAAAUUAUUCAGCAUGAACUUAAACCAAAUGGCAAAAGUAUCCCUGUUACAGAAGAAAAUAAAAAAGAAUAUGUCAGGCUCUAUGUGAACUGGAGAUUUCUACGAGGCAUUGAGGCGCAAUUCCUAGCCCUGCAGAAAGGAUUUAAUGAAGUAAUCCCGCAACAUCUGCUGAAGACAUUUGAUGAGAAGGAGUUAGAGCUUAUUAUUUGUGGACUUGGAAAAAUAGAUGUCAGUGACUGGAAGAUAAACACCCGGUUAAAACACUGCACACCAGACAGCAAUGUCGUCAAAUGGUUCUGGAAGGCUGUGGAGUUCUUUGAUGAAGAAAGACGAGCACGGUUGCUUCAGUUUGUGACAGGGUCUUCUAGAGUGCCUCUGCAGGGCUUCAAGGCUCUUCAAGGUGCUGCAGGCCCACGGCUCUUCACCAUACACCAGAUUGAUGCCUGCACGAACAACCUGCCAAAAGCCCACACUUGCUUCAACCGAAUAGACAUUCCACCCUAUGAAAGCUAUGAAAAGCUCUAUGAGAAGCUGCUAACAGCCAUCGAAGAAACAUGUGGAUUUGCUGUGGAAUGAGGGGCUGGCCCAGAACUCUGUGCCCUGACCGCAGCCUCCUUUCUCCGUUUCAGAGGAGGCUGAAGUACAGGAACCCACCUCCUUCCACGGCAGGAUGCUGUGAGGGAAAGGACACUUUGCAAAUUCCUUUUCAAGGAAAAGAGGUCUUUAUGCUUUGCCAUGAGGACACAUUCAGCUG